CAAUUAACCAUAACGCUUCAACUACGAGUCAACGUGGCGGAAUCAUUGAUCAAUCGAGUCAUUCACAAAACAGCGACGACUCUAAAUUCCCUGGGGGGUGCGUUUCAGGUCAUCGGGAGAGUUAAGUUGGAACGCAUUUCAUAUUUUAUAUAAUCCUAUAAGCGGAAUAAUAACAUCCGCUCCAGGCGGCAGAGGGUUGUGGUUUUGUGUCGCUGCUGCCGCCUUCAUUUCAAGAUUCCAGCGAGGAGCUGGCUCGCCUGCCUUUCUUUCCCUGCUCACCAUACACAAACAAAGGGUGUCCGGCGCAGCACGCUUGAGAGAACGUUUUGAGUCUGCAGCUGGUUGGUGUUGCUGCUGUGAACCUGCGGUUCAUAAUGGCUUCCAGGAUGCUUGCUCGUCAGUCUCUCCUGACUAUUUCGAGACACUCACAGACUCCUAUCCCACGGAGAGCAAUGGGGGCUCAGGCCUCUCCCUCGCUCCAUGACCAGGGUCUCCCAGAGUAUGAGGGUCCCCUCAUGAAGACGACCAUACCAGGGCCCAAAUCACAAGUCCUUACCAAGGAGCUUGGGGAGAUUCAGAACUCGGUGGCCGUGCAGUUUUUCUGCGACUACACAGCCAGUCGGGGCAACUACCUGGUGGAUGUGGAUGGAAAUCGCAUGCUGGACCUGUACAUGCAGAUCUCAUCACUGCCACUUGGUUACAAUCACCCAGCCCUUCUCCGUACCCUGCAAGAUCCUGCAAAUCUGGCCACAUUCGCUAACCGACCGGCACUGGGAGCUUUACCUCCGCAUGACCUUCCUCAACUUCUCCACAAGUCUCUAGUAUCGGUGGCUCCCACUGGACUCCGGCAGGUGCAGACCAUGGCUUGUGGGUCCUGCUCCAACGAGAAUGCCUUCAAGGCCAUCUUCAUCUGGUAUCGGAAUAAGCAGAGAGGAGGAGCCAAACCCACUACUGAAGAGUUGAGGACAAGUAUGAUUAAUCAGUCCCCUGGUUGUCCUGAGCUCUCGAUCUUGUCCUUCAUGGGUAGUUUUCACGGCCGCACCAUAGGUUGCCUUGCUACGACGCACUCCAAGGCGAUCCACAAGCUGGACAUCCCCUCACUGGACUGGCCGAUCGCUCCCUUCCCACGCCUCCAGUACCCGCUGGAGGAGCACUCCCGGGAGAACGCGAGUGAGGAGGCGCGCUGCCUGGCUGAGGUUGAGGAUCUGAUUCAGAAGUUUGCACGAAAAGGCCGUCCUGUUGCCGGCGUUGUGGUGGAGCCCAUACAAGCCGAGGGGGGAGACAACCACGCUUCGGACGACUUCUUCCGCAAGUUGCGCGCACUCACUGCUAAGCAUGGGGCAGCCUUUCUGUGCGACGAGGUGCAGACUGGGGCUGGUACUACAGGCCUCUUCUGGGCACAUGAGCACUGGGGGCUGGAGAACCCACCCGAUGUCGUCACAUUCAGCAAGAAGAUGCUCACGGGCGGCUUCUACUAUAAGGACGAACUCCGCACAGAAUUGCCGUAUCGCAUUUACAACACGUGGAUGGGGGAGCCCAGCAAGACGCUGAUGCUGGCGGAGGUGCUGAAGGUGGUGCGUGCGGAGCGGCUCCUGGACAACGUGCAGCAUGCGGGCUCCGUUCUGCUGCGUGGGCUCACGGACCUGCAGAAUGAAUUCCCGAACAUACUCAGUCGAGCACGAGGACGGGGCACAUUUUGUGCCAUCGACAUUCGUGAUGAGGACACUCGUAACAAGGCAGUGCUACUAGCAAGGAAUAAAGGAGUGGUGCUGGGUGGUUGUGGGGACAUGUCUAUUCGCUUCCGCCCGAGCCUAAUCUUCACCGAGAUCCAUGCCAACAUCUUCCUGAACAUCUUCCGAGAUGUCGUCUCAACCCUCAAGUAACAACUUGGUUCAUCGCCACAAAUGGCUCUUCACUCUUCCCACUCCUCAACGGCCCACCCCAAUGAUCUCCCGCACACCCACCCUCAAGUCACGACCCCACACCGCAACGGCCGUCCUCAACCCGUCCUCCAACAAGCCCCUGACUGUCAAAAAGAAUGCCAUGCAUCUUUUCAACAACUAAACAGCCCAAGUAAAUGAAAGGCAUGUUCGAAUGUUUUGGCUGUAAGUAAGCGAUGGGGAAAGCGGAUCCCUUGACAGGACGUGAGGACGUGAGUUGAUAUCGUUUGCUGCUGUCUGUGGUAGAAAUGCAUGUCUGUUAAACGUUGGAAUGUGGAGGUUGGGUUGAUGAAUCAUAAAGGGAUGGGAGUCCUGCAUUGCAUUGAGCCAUCGUGAUGAUGGUGUGCAUGAGAUGGCCCACCUCCUGGGAAAAGAGGUGGUGACUGUCGUUGGAAAUCCAGCAAGUAGGUUUCAGACGGGCUGUCUAUACAGUGGAGUUUGCGAGUUCUCAUGAACGCUUGGUUUUAUUUUGAGCCACUCAAGUUUACCUUUUUGCAUGCAACAACCUAAAAUAAAUGUAAACAUCCCAAUCCGCAACCACCUAAAAUAGAUGUUUGUACUCUGAGUCUUUUCUACAAAUAUUUUUUAAAAAGUAUUACUCUUUCUAGGUUCUGUGCAGAAUUUUUUAAUUUCUAAUAGGGUAAAAUAUGGCUCUAGAAAGCAAUGCCUAAUGAAGAAAUAUAUAAAACGGUUUCUGAUGUAAUAUUUAGAAGGGGUUGGUAGGUGAUGUGAUGGUAAUUUGAAGGGAUGUUUAAGUGAAUCAUAUGUUUUGAUUUAAAGCUUUCGUGACUGCAGGAAUUCAUAUUCUUGGUUCUUCCCUUCUACGUGACUUUACCGAAAGAACCAAGAAUAUGAAUCAUAUGUAUUCAUUAGAGAAGUGAUGAGCUUUUUAAUCUGGAUAUUAACAGUCUGAGAGAGUGGAAUGUAUAAAAAUGCCAUGGAAAUGUUUUCAGACAAUAGGAACAGCAGAGGAUAAGGAGAGAUUACCCAACCACGUUAAGCCUGACUCUUCCCUGGCAUGUGUUUUAGCAGGAGGUUGAGAAGGGUGGGAAUAUUAUUGCUCGCCAAAUCAGAGCAUUAAUUUUUAAAAAAACUAUUUUGAAGUGUUAAUGACGUAUAAUAAAUGUUUUCUCAUUUUUAACUUUACUGCCAUUGAAGGUAAUAUUUCAGGCAGCACAGUAUAGCUAAAUAUGAUGCUAUGACUGCAUUAUGAAGGUGGCACUGCUAUCUGCCUAUGAAUGUAGUCAAGCCUUGAUUGCAUAUGCUGCACGAUAUUAAAUAUAGUUUAUGUAAAUCUUGACUUAAAGCUUUUGUGACUGCAGGAAUUCAUAUUCUUUGGGUCUUUCGGUAAAGUCACGUAGAUAGGUUCAAAUAAAAAAAUAAAUAAUUUCUUUGAACCUAUCUAUGUGACUUUACCAAAAGACCCAAGGGAAUAUAUGUGUGUUUAAAAUAAAAUAUUAAAUACAAUUUAAUUACAAGGUAAAGUAUUGUUAAAGAAUAAUAUCAUGAAUUUUAUUAUUUUAAUUAGUGUUCAUAUCCAUGUUUAAAUUAACCUGACUUGGCUGGAAGUCUUAAACACUUUAGAGUGCAGUAAACUGGCCUAAACUACUUAAAGCACUACGAUAAAAGUAUACAUAUUGUCACAUCUUUAGAAAGCAUAAAUCAUGUGAUACUUUGUUGCUGAGCAGAGAAAACUCAGAAUUAAUGUUCAAUAAACAAGGCUUUUAAUUACAAAAUCAGUGGUGGUAUUAUUGGUCACUAAAAUCAGUUAGAGUUUUUAAGUUAAUGUUAGGACCCAAUUCUUACAAUAAAUGUGGUUUGGAGGGUGAAUGCUAAAUUUCUAUCAUAAAUAUAAAAUCAGAUUUUCUUGUUAAAAAGUUUGUUUAACAUCUAGUUUCCGAUAUAUUCUGCUUGGCCACUUUUUAAACUCAAAAUUUGUAUAAUUGCAUCAUAUCCAUGAUUAACAUAGAGCAAGUUGUGAUUCAUGGCAUGAAGGAAUGUCAUCUAAUGUUGGGUGAAAAGCCUGUUGAAAUGGCUGCUGAAGUAGUAUUGUGGUUCCUUCGGAAUUCACUCCAAAAUAUAGUGAUGCAAUGUUUCUUUAUUGUCAACAGUUGCCAGUGUGAUCACUUCUCCUAAUGCUUUGGCUGAUGGCACAACCAGUAUUAAAAUUCAAAACCCA